CAGCUGGGUUGGUUGGAAGUACAUUUUUAAGAGCAAAUGCUUCUGUUUGUUGGCAUACCAAGAACCCAAAAACCCAAGACCCCAAGGGACUGAUUACCCAACCUGAAUUACGCCAAGCCUCAAUCCUGGAGUCCAAACUCCAUACCAAAAUCUCAUUCAUGGUAGAGAAUGGAAAACAUUUUCCACAGGAUUUCAUUGUUCCAGAUUGUUGAUUGGGGAACUUAAAGCCAAUUGGACCAAUUUGCAGAAUAAAAGGACAAAGUGGUCGAGCCCCAGCCCACCACCUCUGACUCUAAACCAGGUCCACAGAGAGAAGGAAAGAUCAAGUCUCCAUUGAAGUAUUCAAUUCCCCAAUUAGGAGAAGCGAACUGAAAUACCAUCUUUGAAUCUCUUCAUUGUCUCCCACAAUUCUGUUUCAAGUUUCGAAUUUUGAGAAUGCUGCUAUUCUCUGCCACAAGACCGCUCAAUCCCCCCCAACCCCUCCCUUUCCUCUCCUUCUCCCGCUUCGUUUCCCUCUCUCUGCCUCUCCCUAUCCUCCCAAAGCCUUCCAAAGCCCCCCACUUCCCUUCUCUCCAAAUUUACUCCAUUGACGCAGCUCAACCUUUUGACUACGAAUCCCACCUCAAAAACCGUUACAUCCAAUCCACUUCCCUCAAGAUAGCCAUAAUAGGCUUUGGCAACUUCGGCCAGUUCCUCUCCAAAACCUUCAUCCGCCACCACCACACUCUCCUCGCUCACUCAAGAACAAACUACACCAACCUCGCUAACCAACUGGGCGUCUCUUUCUUCUCCGACCCAAACGACCUCUUCGAGCAACACCCUGACGUCGUCCUCCUCUCUACUUCCAUUCUUUCAACUGAAACCUUACUGCAACAGCUACCCUUUCAAAGACUACGUCGAAACACACUUUUUGUCGACGUACUUUCAGUUAAAGAGUUUCCCAGAAACCUUUUUUUGAAGUACUUACCUCCAGACUUCGAUAUUUUAUGUACGCAUCCCAUGUUCGGGCCUGAAAGUGGUAAAAAUACGUGGGCGGGACUUCCUUUUGUUUAUGAUAAAGUGAGGAUUGGAGAUGAAGAGAGUAGGGUAAAGAGAUGCGAGAAGUUCUUAGACAUUUUUGAAAAAGAAGGGUGUAGAAUGGUGAAGAUGAGUUGCAUGGAGCAUGAUAAGUACGCGGCGGGGUCUCAGUUCGUGACUCAUACGAUGGGUAGAGUGCUGGAGCAGUUUGGGUUAGAGUCUUCGCCUAUUAAUACCAAAGGGUAUGAGACAUUGUUGAAUUUGGUGGAGAAUACUAAAGGGGAUAGCUUUGAUUUGUAUUAUGGGUUGUUUAUGUAUAACCAGAAUGCUUUGGAGCAGUUGGAGAGGUUGGAUAUGACUUUCGAAUCGAUUAAGAAGGAGUUGUUUGGAAGGCUACAUCAGGUUUAUAGGAAGCAGUUGUUUGAGGAUAAGGAGGAGAAGGAGAGAGAGAGAAGGUUCGCUCAGAAGUUGCUUGGCAAUGGAGGUCUAAUUGACCCUUCUUUGGAUAAUGUUGGACAAGAUGGAUCCUAAAAAAUAGUAAAAAACAGAGUUGUUCUGUUUCUUAUGGUAUGAGAAUUGAUUGCUAUUUGUCAAGAUUUUAGCUUUGUAUUCUUUUUUUGUUGUAAAUGGAAUUAGCUUAGUUAUUGCUGCUUAAACCUGGAUGAAAUGACUGAUUUUUACUUUAUGUGAAGAAGUUUGCUAACUCAGCAAACAACUAGGCGCUUGUUUUUCUUCA